AUGAAUAGAGAAAAAAGCGCCGAUCUAAGUAAAACAUCAGAUGCUCCAUACAAUGAACUCGAUGCCAAAAAUUUAAGAAAUUUCUAUAAGGUUCAAAAUGCAUGUGCGCAAUUGAGGGAAUCCAUAAAAGUAAUUUACGAAAACGGGUUAUCAUCCGAUCAAUUGAAUACUAUGGCGAAACAUGGGAACGACCUAGAAAAAUCUAUUGCAAACAGUCCUGCUAUGUCCGUAGCAAGUUGCUUGAACCAAGUUAGACCCACCCUAGACAUCAAGAAUAUCUUUGAUCAUUAUAAAUUUGAAAAUAAUUCAUCACCAGUUGAUCCUUAUGUCCAUUAUCCCGUAUGUUCUGAUCAAAAUUUGGAAAAUUUGGCUUUCAUUCAUAGAUCUUUGCCGAAUAUGAAUGUCAAAUUGACUGAAUUGCAAAAGACCGUAAUGAGUAAUGAACGUUUGGAAUUUUUAGGUGAUAGUUGGCUUGGCGCCUUAGUGGCGUAUAUUAUUUAUAAGAAAUAUCCUUAUGCUAAUGAAGGUGCCUUAUCAAAGAUGAAGGAAGCUAUCGUUAACAACAACAAUUUGGAAAAGAUCUGUGAAAAACUUGGCUUUAAAGAAAGAUUAAAGGAAAAUAUUCCACGUUCUUCAAUGAAAAUCAAAGAUAGAUUAACCAAGAAUUACGCAGACUGUGUGGAAGCCUACAUUGGCGCAUUGGUUAUUGAUAGAUUUUCAACAGAAUUUAAUGAUGUUGCUCUUUGGCUUGAAGAACUAUCUGAGGAACAUUUCAUUGAACUAGGACCUAUGAUGGUCAAAGAGCCUUUAAACAAAAAUGCAAAGGGUGAACUAGGUGCGUUCUUACAAUUUAAUAAUAUUGGAGCCAAAAUAUCAUAUAAAAGAUUGAAUGAUAAAUCUCCGUUUAAGGUAGAAGUAAGAUUGGGGAAUAAUUUGUUAGGUAUUGGAGAUGGUUCAAAUGUGAGAGAAGCUGAACAGAGAGCCGCUAUGGAAGCACUUGCUCAACCGAAAUUGAUUCAAAAAUAUUCUCUACAUGAUAUUGAACUAGAAAGAGGCAUGAUUGAAGAAGCAGAUAAUGUUCCCCAAUUACUCAAAAGUGCGGAAAUUCCCAAUCAAACACCACAAAGUCAUCAUUCUAUCACAGAAGAAAUUGAUGAAGAAGAAGGUCUUACAUUCCCCCAUUCGAAUCCAUUUUUGAAAGGUACACCACCAGCAGUUUUACCUGAAAUUGUAACUAAUCAAAUUCCACAGGCUUCUGCGGAUCAUCAAGAACAAAAUGUGCCUGACACUGAUAAAAUUGUGAAUGAUGUUAUGGAACGUAUGAGUAAGAUACUGUCGGUGAUGGUUUCUGAGGCUGUUUCAAAUGCACUUGGUAGACCAGCUCCAAAAAAUGCACCUAUCCCUAUCCCAGUAACAACCCCAGUCUCACCGCUAGCAACAUCCCCAGUCUCAGUCUCAGUCCCAGCGCCAGCUCCAGCCGUAGCUGUCACCCCAUCAGUUGUGAAUAAUCCACCACAACCCAAAAUGGUCACACAACCGGUAAGCACAAACCUAAAUAAAACGCCUGAAGUUGCACUUUUAAAUUCUGUGUAUGAUAAAGAAGCCUCAGGGAGACUUUAUGCAUUGUUAGGUAAAUAUAAAUUGUAUCCAGAAUAUAAUACCGAGCAACUAGGAAUGACAGAUUUUUAUACGGUAUGCUUUAUAAAGGGUGUUGGUGUAGAAAUUGGUAAAGGCCAUGGUAGAAGUAAAAAGAUAUCCCAACAUAAAUCUGCAGAAGAUGCUUUGAAUGGAAAAGCACUGAAGGAAUACUUGAGGCAUUGCAACAAUCUGUGA